ACAUGCUUCGGAGGUAUUGGAAUGUACCACUCACAAGGCGGGGGAUGGUGAAGACUGGGCUGCACAGAAGCCACUGGUCAAUAUGACUGGUCUGAUAUCCUUUUGAUACCCGGAAGUCUCGAAUUCACUUGAAGACAAACGAUAGGAAGAACCACUGGCCCAGACUGAGAUGGCGCUGUGUGGUCUAGUCUUGACUCUGUUCUCUCUACAUGCGACCUCUGCUAUCACCGCACCGCCCCUCAACACAACCGGUCACAUAACUACUAACUCAACUGCUGUGACUCAGAACUUUACGGAUGUGGUGAACGCUACCACCCAAAACAACGGAACAGCGAAAGACUGUAACAGCCUGUUUGCCGGUUGUCCUGGAAGGGAGUGGGAGAUCCCCGUCUUGGCCUCGGCAGGCGCUGUUCUACUCGGUCUGAUUGUCUUCUUCGUGGUUUUGUGUGUGCGACGUCACAGGAGACCGAGACAGCGUAAUCUGGAAAAUGGAACACCUAGUUAUAAAAGACAGAAAAUCAAACAAGAACUGGCCGUAGUGCUGAGCAAACGCAGUGCGCAGCCGCCAGCGCCACUCCCGAGGCGUGGCCGAGUGGUGAGCGACGCUGUAGCGGGAAAUCCCGAGCACGCGACGGAAAUUACCGAGCCCCUUACACCGCAGUAUUUACAACUUGAUGCCCCGCUCGAUGACUACCUCGUCCCGGGGCAGCCGGUCCUCGACGCAGAUCAAGACUAUGAUUACGCAUGCGCAGGCACUCAGCCAUGUACGGCCACCGCACAGGGACAGGACGGUUACCUGGAACCAGGUGUACCUGUUGACGACCCAAAUGAAGAUUACGAAAAUUCAGACGUAUGCAAAUACCCCGUUGAAGAUUAUGAAAAUUCAGAAGUAUGGACGAGCGGAGCCUCUUCUCCAGGACAAAACACCGACCGUCCGGAGUACGUCAACGCCGCCGGUCCGGUCCGGCAGGAGUCGGAGCUGUACGAAGACGUGCUGGUUCCGGACAGGAAGAGUAAGGGCUCCAAGGGGAAGGGUGCGCGGGCGAGUCUGAAGAAUGCUUGGAACAAAUACAUCAACGUGGGAUUUAGACGUCAGCAAGGCGUGAAUCAGGAUGACGACAUCUACGAGGACACAUGCGUACCCCAGCGUUGAAACGUACCACAGACUAUAUGUAUAUAAAUGUAUGCGCCAUGAAACUCUCAUCAUCAACAAAAAAACACUAAGCUAUGCCUUUUCUGAACUAAACAGCUAGGCAUGUAGAUGGAUGGACUGAAUGUGAACAGAAAAAUCUCUUGAAUGCCACUCGAUUGAAUUGUGUACAUACAUUACUGUUAUGAUCAGGACGGAUACAUUUUUAAUGUUGAGCGUUAUCAGUCUCUAUUAAUCUAACCCUGUCUUACAUAAUUAGUUUUUAUCCGUGUUCUUACAUAGGAAAGUUCAUAACAUUAAGGCCAACAUAACCAGAAGAAGACAUACAUGUAAAAUGCCAAAGCCUAUGCGUAAUUUUUCCUUUACUUUUUGUACAAACAUUGCAUUAAAAAGUUAUUAAUUAUCUAAUUUGGUGAAACGAUUGGGUUUACAUUGAGCGUGGUUAAGAUGAUAAGCAGAAAAGGAAAACGCCGAAAGUCUGAUAUUGAAGCUGUAAUCUGCAGCAAUUGUGAAAAUAUGUGCUUGGCAAUAUUGAUAGUCGGGAUAUCUUGCACUCAAUGAUAUAUAUUGUGAGAGUGGUGGUUGAUAUAAUAAGAUUGAUGUACAUGAAUGUAUUUUUCUUAUGAUGAUCGUGUAAAUUGUACCACAUUGUUGCUUAUGUUAAUAUGAUUUCUUCACUUUGUUAGAUUAAGUACGAGUGCACUUCGGGACAGGGACAAUAUGCUAUUGUAAAUACUGCACAGUAUAUCAUGAUUAAAAGUUCUUUA